UUUAUCAAUUACAUGCGUAGAUAAAUUUUUACAGUUACAUUAAUUAACGUUGUAGUGAUGGAGAAAAGAUGGACGCCUUGACGUUUGGCUCGCACAGACUUGUCCACCUUGAUUUAAAGGGCGCUCCUCCGCGAGUUAAUUAUUUCGAAAAGUUAUUUCCUUUGAUAAGAGCAUGGGGUGCUACUGGGUUACUCUUAGAAUGGGAGGAUACCUUCCCGUACAAUCGAGAGCUUAUUCCAAUAGGAAGCAACAGACCGAUCAAUUUGGCCAGCGGAUAUACAGUUCAAGAAGCAAGGCAAAUCUUACAGAUAGCAGGAGAUUGUGGUUUGGCAGUUGUACCAUUGGUACAAACUUUUGGACAUAUGGAGUUUGUUCUGAAACAUGAUGAAUGGCGGUCUUUACGUGAAGUAGAACGCUUCCCAAGCUCUAUAUGUCCAUCUAAUCCACGAACUUUACCAUUGGUAACAUCUUUAAUUCGUCAAAUAGUGAGCUUUCAUCCAGAUAUACAAUACUUACACAUAGGUGCUGAUGAAGUCUGGCAUCUUGGUCUUUGCUCUGUUUGUACCAAACGGGUUGCAGCUAGUAAACAUGGGAAACCGUCUUUAUACUUGGAGCACAUUUUAGCAAUUGCACAAUAUAUACAAGAAACAUAUCCUUACUUGAAGAUAAUAAUCUGGGAUGAUAUGCUGAGGUCAAUAGACUUUCAGGUGCUGAAAGAACAUUAUAUAGGGAAAUAUGUUGAACCAAUGAUUUGGCACUACAACCCUAGAGAUAAUUUUGCUCUACCUCAAGAUAUCUGGGACAAAUAUAGCGCUAUAUUUCCACACAUUUGGGCAGCAACUGCAUUUAAAGGUGCUACUGGAUCUUGUCAACACAUCCCGAUAAUUCGAAACCAUAUAAGCAAUCAUGAGAAAUGGCUAGAAGAAUUAGGCAUUAAUGUAAAUAAAGUUCAUGAAUUUCGAGGAACAGCAUUUACUGGAUGGUCAAGGUAUGAUCAUUAUGCUACAAUGUGUGAGUUAUUGCCUACAGCAAUACCAUCAUUAGCACUGUGCUUAAAAGUAUGGCUCCAUGGUUACUCAGAACAAGUACAUAUUCAAGUUGCUAAGAGCCUAGGAUACAUAGAUCAUCCAUUGCAUAUAAUACCUCAGCCACGACCAGCAUCAAUACCAAAUAAUUUGUUGUUUCCUGGAUGGCAAGUGGCAAUUGGUAUUGAGUGGUUUAUAAAUUUCAAAACUAAAUAUCACAAUAUUAUAGUCAGCGAGCAAAUAUUAACUUGGAUGAAUCCAUGGCAAGUUGCUAACAAUCAUACAAAUCCUAUGCAAUUGGAGAGUUUAAUACCUGCAUUUACAGAUUUAUAUAUAGUUUGUUAUUGGAGUUAUCAUCUUUGGAGGGAUAUUUAAGAGUUCAAAUGGAAAGUAUCUUCUUUCCAUUUAUGAUUGAUGAAUGGAUGGGCACAAAUCUUCAGCCAAUGAAAGUAAAGCUUACAGAGUUGAAACAAAUCACAGAAAACCAGCUUAAGUUAAGCACUCGCGCGUAAAAUAUAUUGAGUAUAUUAUAGUAUGUUUAUUUUUGAUCUCGGAGAAUAAUUUUGGACAUAAGUGAUUCAUAAGAAGUAGAGCAUAAGAAAUAUAUAAGAAAGUAAUAAGAAAGAAAAAUACAAAUAAAUAUUGUAUAAUAUGAAAUAUUCCUUUUAGAUGUAAUAAAGUUAGAAUAGGCUUUAAAGAGUAUAAUGUUAUGAAAAUGACAUACAAUGUAAUUUUAUAAGAAGAAAAAAAAUAGUUAUUUUAAUACUUCAUUUGAACAUAAAUGAGAGCAACUACAUCAUUUGCUAUCACACUUUGUCAUAUCGUAAACUAUGCUGUGAUAUUUGGCUAUGAAAGAUAGUAACAUUAAAUCUUAUCUAUCCA